UUGUUGGAAUUAUUUGACAGUGAGGAUCCUAGGGAACGUGACUUCUUGAAGACCACCUUGCAUCGAAUUUACGGGAAAUUCCUUAACCUUCGCGCAUUCAUCCGAAGAUCAAUUAAUAAUGUAUUCUUCCAAUUCAUAUAUGAAACCGAACGCCAUAAUGGUAUUGCAGAAUUGCUGGAAAUUCUUGGAAGUAUCAUCAAUGGGUUUGCAUUGCCGUUGAAAGAAGAGCACAAGACAUUCCUCACAAAAGUAUUGAUACCUCUGCACAAAGUAAAAUCAUUGACAUUGUAUCACCCGCAACUUGCCUAUUGUGUGGUACAAUUUUUGGAAAAGGAUCCUACGUUAACAGAAGAGGUCAUCUGUGGUUUAUUAAGAUAUUGGCCUAAAGUGAAUAGCCAAAAGGAAGUAAUGUUCCUGAAUGAGAUUGAGGAAAUAUUAGAUGUCAUAGAACCGCAAGAAUUUGUGAAAAUUCAGGUACCUUUAUUCCAACAAAUUGCUAAAUGUGUGUCGAGUCCACACUUUCAGGUUGCAGAGAGGGCUUUGUAUUAUUGGAAUAAUGAGUACAUUGUUAAUUUGAUAGGUGACAACGUAAACGUUAUUUUACCAGUAAUGUUUCCAACUUUAUAUCAAAAUUCCAAGACCCACUGGAACCGGACCAUCCAUGGCUUGGUAUAUAAUGCGUUGAAGUUAUUUAUGGAAAUUAACCCAGCACUAUUUGACGAAUGCACAGCGCAAUACAAGCAAAGUC